UUAAUUUUGAUACCAUAAAUUUUUAAUGUCACCAAAAACUUUACAUAAAAUUAAAUAUAAAUAACUUUAAUGUAAACUUGAAGGCUAUUGAUCUCCUUGUAUUCUUAACGCGUUUCGUUCAGGCUUUUAUUCGAAUCACAUGUUUCAUGUGUAAUUGUAGUACGUAGUACGAUAUAUGUAAUGUAAGUACUUGAAAAGUUACGCUGAUAGUAAUGAAGAUAGAAAGAGACUUCUAAGAAAGAAUUUUUUUUUUCAGUAUAAAAAAAAAGAAAGGGUGAUUUAAGUUAAGUUUUCUAAAUCUGAUGAUGACAAUGAGGGUUCUUUAGAAGCAGGUGGAUGACGUGGUCUCAUUUGUUUCUUGUUGAAGUUAAUCACCCUCUGGAACACGAACGUCAAUUGCUCAUUCAUAUAUACAUCCAUCUGUACAUAUCACAUGAAACAUAUAGACACAAAUUCAACAAAAGUAUAACGCGAGAGAUCUGCUCAAGCGGGUAAGCACCAUCACCGUUCCUCGUUACACGACGACGAGGAUGUUAAUGAUGAUGAGGAAACUUAAAUCUCAAGAAGAAGAAUAUGAAAAAUCUAAAUACACGCAUGUGCGGAAUGUCUAUGCAACACAUCCAUUUGUGCUAAGAGACCGUCGAGUUUAAGAGAUCGGUGAGCAAGAGCGUGUACACGAUAGCGCAAAGAAAUGAAAAUACAUACAUGUAUAGUUAGACCAACCUCCCUCGUUUAGCCAAUCGCAGUACGACCAUCAGCGGACAGGCUCCGCCUGUUGACGAGAAGAGAGGCCUCGUUGCCCUUUUCCUCGUGUUAACCAGCCACAGCGAGCCACAGUACGAAUAAGAUCGUCCACCGGAUGAUAUCUCGCGUGUUCUAAAUGUCUUCUACUUACUCAUUUAUUACAACAAUCAGUUUCCCGUAAAUUCUGCUGAUACUUUUUUUAAAAAUCCCGCUGAUUUUUAAAUUUUUAAAUUGACAGCUUUUUGCUCCAAGCUGUCAUUUUUAAAUCAUUGUAAUAAUUUACUAUCUGUUAGAUUACAUGUUGUAACUGGUUUUAUAUAAAUAUAUAUAUAUAUAUAUACAUAUAUUUAUGUUAAUGUUUGUCAUUAGAAAAUAAUGAUACUCCAAAGAUGUAAAACUCGAGUGAAUUGAAUUUAAAAUAAAAAAGUGUUUGCUAUUUCGAAGUAACAUUUAAUUAUAAAAGUGAUUCGAUAUAAAAUGAAAAGUUUAAAUCCAGUGAGUAAUUAAUUAACUGACGGGUGAAAUUUAAUAAGCUGUGAUCGUACACACAAUUGAGGAAUUUUCAAGUGAUCAUUUUUUAUAUAUAAUAAAUAUAAAAGAAAUGCCUCGAAAAGCUGGUAAUAAUUUUUUCAUCAUUUUGCUGAUAUUAGCACGAUACCAGUGCGCCGAAGCUAAUUGGUGGUAUUUGGGUCUGGAACCACGACUAAAUGGAUUUGAAAGUGGUACAGGAGGUACUGAUGGUAUAACGCAGAUUGGCGCAGGUGUUAUCGGACCAGCAAGUGCCGAAAGGAAUUGCAAAAGCUCCCACUUGACAAUCAAACAGCAGGGAAUAUGUUCACGCUCACCUCCAAUUCUACAGGCGAUCAGCGCUGGAGCUAAGCUGGCUAUCGAAGAAUGCCAGUACCAGUUUCGUUCGGCUCGAUGGAAUUGCUCAGUGAGUCCAGAGAACCCAGAAAAUAUAUUCGGCGGGGUAAUGUUAGUCAACAGCCGCGAGGCCGCUUUUGUUUACGCAAUAUCAGCAGCGGGUGUUGCUUUUAGUAUAACCAGAGCUUGCUCGAGAGGCGAAUUGACUGAUUGUUCCUGCGACAAUCGCGUACGAGCACGUCACCCCAAUAAUUGGCAAUGGGGUGGCUGUAGCGAGGAUAUUCAUUUCGGUGAAAAAUUGUCAAGGGAGUGGUCGGACGGUGCUGAGAUGCCAAUAAAAGAAGGAGAAUUAAGUGGACCCAAAGGAUUGGCAGGACAGCUGAUGAGAAAACACGACAGCGAGGCUGGUAGACGGGCUGUACGUUCACGGAUGCAACGUGUCUGCAAAUGUCACGGCAUGUCAGGGUCUUGCAGUGUACGAGUCUGCUGGCGAAGGCUCCCAGCAUUUCGCGGUGCAGGUACAGCUCUCUCGGCACUUCACGAAGGUGCUGCGUUGGUACGUUUGGUACAGAGAGGCGAAAGACGACCGGCGAGACUUAGACCCGCUAGACCGGAUCUAAAACGACCGAAUAAAACGGACUUGGUCUACUUGGAGGACAGUCCUGAUUAUUGCGAACGAAACCUAACACUUGGAAUUCCUGGUACACGAGGUCGAAUAUGCAAUCGUACAUCUCUCGGACUCGACGGCUGUCGACUUCUCUGCUGCGGUCGAGGUUAUCAAACUCGAGUGCGCGACGUCACGGAGAAGUGCAAAUGUAGAUUUGUAUGGUGUUGCCGGGUGCAGUGUGAGCUUUGUCGACACACGCGUGAGGAACACGUUUGUAAUUGAGCAUUCCUUCCUCAUCCAUUUGCAAUUAUUAGUCCAUAGCGUUAAAGGACGCAUUGCGAAAGUGAUAAAAGAGAUAGCAAGAUUUCCCUUUAACUAGUUCUAUCUCUUCUUGUGGCGGGUUUUUAUCGGUUGUAUUUAUUAUUUCUAUACCAAUGGUCAUUUUUUAAAUUAUAUAUUUACAGCAAAGAGAUGGAAUCUCGACUUAGCCAAAAUAAAAUAUAAGACUCCUCGUCCGACGUAAAAAUAUUAAAAAUAAUAAUUAAAAAAAAAACAAUUUUUUAAAUAUCUGCCAAUGAAUGUACAUAUAAUCAUUUUUUAAUCUUAUAUCAGUUACUCAUGUGUAUAUAUAUUUAUAGUUUAUAAGAAGUUUUACGGUUACUUAUAGCGAUUCUCGAAGAAUUUCAUUGGGUACUCGCUCGCUUAAUAAAUUCGCUAUUCUCUACAAAAACUUUAAAAAUUAUUCGUCCACACAGAAAAAAAAAAAUUUUUAUCACUAGAAAAGUCGUCCCAAGAAAUUUUUUCUUGCUCUAAAAAAUUUUUCAUUAUGAAAUAAUAACAAAAAUUUUCUUAAAAGGGAAAGGGGUCUGAAAUACAAAAAGAGAGGAAUUUUUGUGAUUUUUUUUUUCAGAGUACCUUCUAUAUUAAAAUUUUUUAAAUUUGUGACCUUAUUAAGCAACGUUUCAAGAAUAUUCUCCUAAAUUUUCAUUAAAAAAUAUUGAAAAAUAAGCCAGAGGUAGUGGGGAGAGACGAGUCACUCUGAAAUAAAAAAACCAAAAAGAUUUCUUUAGUACAUAAGUUUAUCUUGGAUUUGAACGAAGGAUUUUUUUUUCAAUAACUACUUAUUUUUUAAUUAAAUAAAAGGAGCAAUUUUUGGUGAAAAUCAUAAUUUUUGAUUGCACCUUUGUCAAAAAUUCGAAAAUGAAUAUUUUGUUUAUUCCUUCAUUCAAACCCACCAAACUUAUGUACCAAAGAAAUCUUUUUGAUUUUUUAAUUUCAGAUGAAGCAGUCAUGAGUUAUCCUGCCUCGCAUAGAGACUUUUUUUUGACUCGUCUCUCCCCACUAUCGCUGGCUUAUUUUUCAAUAUUUUUUUAUAAAAAUUUAGGAGAAUAUUCUUGAAACGUUGCUUAAUAAAGUCACAAAUUUAAAAAAUUUUAAUAGAGAAGUUACUCUGAAAAAAAAAACCACAAAAAUAUCCUUCUUUAUUUGUAUCUUAGACCCCUUUCCUUCUUAAGACUACAAAAACUUUCUUGAGGCGAGUAAAUAUUUUCGCGCCAAAAUUUUUUUUCUGUGCACAUUUUUUAAAAUUCGUUAUUAUUUUUAUUGUUCAUAGAGAUCGUGAUUUAUAUUAAUAAGGCUAGAUAAAUAUUUAAGUAUUCUAAAGC